GAUGUAAAUCUGCAAAAAAAAAAAGGACAUGUAAAUAAAACAUCGCCCACACUAAAUCAGUGAGAGAGAGAGAAUCCAGACACUAGCCAUGGCUGCGACAGCUUCGUCUUCCUCUGUCUUCCCUUUGCUUUCUCAUCACUUUCGUUCUCGGAAAUGGACCUUCUCUUCUUCUUGUUAUUCUUCUUCCUCGGUGUUUGUCCGAAACAGAGCCUUUUCUGCCAUCAAAGCAGCUCAAGUUCAAAUCCAUGAGAGCCCAAGACGCAGACGCACUCAGAACGUCGAUGGCGAUUUGUUCGUUGAUAAUAGCUGUAUCGAUUGUGAUACAUGCCGUUGGAUGGCUCCGGAAGUAUUCACCCGAGUGGACGGUAUGUCCGCCGUGAUCAAACAGCCGAGUUGUAAGGAGGAAAGGCUGAACGCACUUCAGGCCUUAGUUUCGUGCCCGACAGGCUCUAUCCGGACAGAAACACCGCCUACCGACAUACUACGAGCUCAAGACACUUUCCCAGUUCCAGUAGAUGAAGAGAGACUUCCGGGUAUCUACCAUUGUGGAUUUCAUUCCAAGAAAUCAUAUGGAGCGGCUUCCUAUUUGAUUCUUCACCCCGACGGAAAUAUACUUGUUGAUAGUCCCCGGUACAUAGAGAGGCUUGCUCAUAAAAUCGAGAUGUUGGGUGGUGUCCGCUACAUAUUUCUAACUCAUGUAGACGAUGUUGCAGAUCACAAGAAAUGGGCAAACCGAUUCCAGGCUACCAGAAUUCUUCACUCUGGAGAUGUUCGAUCUUCGACCUCUGAUGUGGAGAAAAAGCUGGAAGGUGAUGGACCAUGGACCUUGUACGAAGAUAUCAUGCUUAUACACACUCCCGGCCACACAGAAGGAUCGGUGUGCUUGUUCCAUAAACCGCUCAAGGUAUUGUUCACAGGAGAUCAUUUAGCAAUGACGGAGAACGGCAUGAGUAUAUUCGAGCAGUAUAAUCAUGGCUCAAUUCCCCUCCAGCUUGAGAAUGUCCGGAGCUUGAUCGACCUAGACUUCCAAUGGAUUUUACCGGGGCAUGGAAGGAGAGUGUAUUUCGAAGAUAGAGAAGAGAAAUCAAAGAAUCUCGAAGCACUUGUUCAGAAACACUUGGAAAAAACAUCUUGAAUCUUGACACAGAUCUUGUAAACUUGACAAAGUUAGAACAGCUUUUGUAAGAGUUGAGGUUUUUCCUUGAACUUGGCAUGGAUAUGUCUGCUCGUACUGUUUUAGCGUACUUUGUAAGAACAUUAGAGAAGUCUCCUUGUGAAAGAUUCGUACCAAAAUCCAAUGCUUCUGCAUGUAAAAAUAAGAAGAGAAUAUUGGUGAGAUUUUAUUUUCUA